UUCCUUCCUGCCUCCCUCCGUCCCUCCCACGGUGCUCGGCGCUGCACAUGGCCGCCUUCCUGGAGCGGCAGAGCCGCGAGUGGCGCCCGCCCGGCCCGCCCGACCCCGAGGGCGGCCUCUUCGGCUGCGCCCUGACCGGCAGCGCCCGGUCCUUCACCUUCGUGGCGGACGAGGAGGACGAGGACUGCGAGCAUCUCCUGACCCUGUCCACGGUCUCCCUGGGGGCCGGAGCCGUGGACGAGUGCAACGUGGUGGAAGUGGUCGGACGCGACUGCGACGACCGGGAGAUCGCCGUGCCCGUGGCCAACCUGAAGCUGUCGUGCCAGCCCUCGCUGAGUUUGGACGGCUUCACGCUGCACCCUCCCGUCACCUUCCGCCUGGCCGCCGGCUCCGGCCCCGUGCACCUGGCCGGGCAGCACCGUGUCGUGCCCAGCACCAGUCUGUCCGAUGAGGACGAGUCCAGCGAGGAGGAGGAGAUCGCGCCCAUCAUGCCAGCGAAGAAACAGUGCCGGAGGCUGUAGAGGUGCUGCUCCGGUUCCGGUUCCGGCUUCGGCUUCCCCACCCCGGGGCUGGGGCCUGGCUGCAGGGAAGAGCCCCCGGGGAUGGGCCGAGAUCCCUGCCCUGGCACAGGCCAGGGGGGCUGCGCUCCCGGGACCAACGCCGGGACCCUGGUGCCUGACGCCAGGGGUGGGUGUGGGAGCGUCCCCCUCCUCCGGGCUCCCUGCAGUCCUGCCUGGGGCCAGGCUCUGUGCUCAGUGCGGCCUUGCCCCCCCCGGCCCGUGGGGAAGCUCUGGGGGGCUCUUGGGGUGUAUCCAGGUAAAGAGUCAUCACUGCCUUCCCAA